CGUGCGAGCAGACGGUCGUGUUUCAGUCGCAAUCCCUCAAAGGAAAAGUUCCCUAACAACCCACAUAGAAACCCAUCAUCAAAAACCAUCGACACAAGUGCAACGGUGUGAAAAACGGGGAAAACUGUGUGAGCUUUCGUCUAAAAACGCAGGAUAUAUCGUCGCAUUAUCCUUGGCAACAACCCAAAACCAAAACACAAAACACAAAAAAAAGAAAGGUCGAAAAACCCAAAUAACGAACGGAUUUUGCUUGUUUACAACUUGCGGUCAGGACUUUUACGGAUUUUCAGGGGGGUUUGUUGUCGUGUUAGUUUGUGUGGUUUUUCCGCCCCCGUUCCCAGUGUGUUUGUGUGUUGUGCUGCUGUAAAGUGGAAGAUGCCAUGGCAACACAUUGCUAAUCGAUGACGUGACCAAAAACAACAACAACAAAAUAACCAAAGAAAACAAAAAAAAAAAAAACAGAAAAAAAGGAGCCCCCCUCUUCACACUUGGGAUAACACAAGGAUAAUGACCAUUAACUGAUUUGAUUGCGAAUUGAAAUGGCAGCAACAAUGUGAACCGACGAGAAGAGCAACAAUAUACCAACGAAAAGCACUGAAAAUAAGCAGCAAGGAAAAAAGUAGGAAAAAAUAGAAAAUAUCGGAUAGAAACGGACAGAAAUCAUAAACAAGAAUGUCCGGCAUUUGCGAAGGACUGUGAGCUGCAAGGAUGCUGAUGCUGAUGCGAUGCGAAGGCGACGCAGAUUGCAUUCAAGGACCGCUGGGCCAGCAAACAAUCAGUGGGGCAAACAAUGAGAACUAAUAAAGCACUUAAGCGGAUAGACGACCAGCAGCAACAAGGACACCCAAGUGGAAGCAAGUCUCCAGCAGAAGCAGUAGCACCAGUAGUAGUAGCACUAUCAAUCAAAAUAAGAUUUCCCGCACCCGUGCCACGGGGCGUAUGAUCAACGUGCAUCAGCUUGAUAAGCCGACAAUGGCGAUUUCGCCUCAAAUUAGACGCGACAUGGGUCGACGAUGUGCCACAUCGUUGCAGCCCAAGGAUGUUGAGGAUGGGUCAGUUUCCAGGGCAGUAACCACACCGCUGACGGCCAAUGGAGCCACCACCAUCACUGUUACCCCCAAAGACAUGCAACGAAACCACCUGCUAAAGAUGCCAACAGCAACCAUAGAGAAACCAACGAUAACAGCCACCACCAGCAUCAUUCUCACGAAUACCAAUACCGAAACCAGUACUGCUGCCAAAUCAGCAGCAACAGCCGUUCGAAACCCUUGCCGGGCUUUAAGGAUAUUAUCCAAGGGUCUGCUGCUACCCACCCUGAUCCUGGGCAUCCUCGUGGGCGGCAGCCAGGCGGGAUUCGCCUGCCUCAGCAAUCCCUGUGUGUUCGGCGUCUGCAUCGAUGGUCUGAACAGCUCGUAUUCGUGUUACUGCAUUGAUGGCUACACAGGGAUCCAGUGCCAAACGAAUUGGGACGAAUGCUGGUCGAGUCCCUGUCAGAACGGCGGGACAUGUGUGGACGGUGUGGCCUACUACAAUUGUACGUGUCCGGAAGGAUUUUCUGGAUCCAAUUGCGAGGAGAAUGUGGACGAAUGCAUGUCGAAUCCCUGCCAGAAUGGCGGCCUUUGUCGGGACAGGACCAAUGGCUACAUAUGCACCUGCCAACCCGGUUAUCUGGGCUCUCACUGCGAACUGGAUGUGGCCGUCUGCGAGACAGGAACUGGAGCCCGUUGCCAGCAUGGCGGUGAGUGCAUCGAGGGUCCGGGACUGGAGUUCACCUGCGAUUGUCCGGCGGGCUGGCACGGCAGGAUUUGCCAGGAGGAGAUCAACGAGUGCGCCUCGUCGCCGUGCCAAAACGGAGGCGUCUGCGUGGAUAAACUGGCGGCCUAUGCCUGCGCCUGUCCCAUGGGAUACACGGGCAUCAACUGCGAGGAGGAAAUCCUCAUUUGUGCCGACAAUCCGUGCCAGAACAAUGCCCUGUGUCUGAUGGAGGAGGGUGUGCCCACGUGCUACUGUGUCCCCGACUAUCAUGGCGAAAAGUGCGAGUUCCAGUACGAUGAGUGCCAAUUGGGUCCACGUUGCAUGAACGGCGGUGUUUGCAUCGACGGAGUGGACACCUUCUCGUGUUCAUGUCCGCCCCUGCUGACUGGCAUGCUCUGCGAGUGCUUGAUGGUGGGCGAGGAGUCUCUGGACUGCAAUUACACGGCACCAGUCACACAAGCUCCGCCCAGGAGGACCACCACCACAUCCACAAUGGCGCCGCCCACAGUGAGGCCUGUCACUCCGCCAGAGACCACUGUACCGCCAAGGGUAUCCGAAGAGGUGGACAUAGUAGUGGUUACCACAACUGCUCCUGUGGAAAUAUUGGUUACUCCUGCCGUGUCCUCCUCAUCAUCCUCAUCCGAGGAGGCAGUUUCCGUGGAGAUCAAAACACCGACUAUGGCUCCACCCGAAAGCGAUAGCCAAAGCGUAUCCGUGGAGCAAACCACAAUUAUUCCCGCACAACCUGAGCCAGAACCAGAUGUUGAACCCAAGCCUCAACCCGCACCAUCUUCUGAAUCGGAAACGGAGGAGGAAAUAGUACCAGGAACCACAGCUAGACCGCCUGUUAGCAGAUCCUCUAGCUCUUCGGAGGAAUCGCCAAGCAUAUAUACCACUUUGCCACCUCUGCCGGGAAAAUCUCUGACCACUUCAUCGGCAGAAAGUUCAGGUGAAGUGGUCACCUCCGAGGAAUACACAACUGUGCCGCAUUUCGAAGUGAGUGCUGAAAGUGGCAGCGACGAGGUCACCACCAUGCGACCCACUGCAGCACCCAGCAUCACCAUACAAGUGGAGGUCACCUCAUCCAGCAGCAGCAGCAGCAGUAGUUCGGAAUCAGAGGAGAUAGUCACCACACCAGCUCCCGUUUUUGUGCAGAGAGUAACCACAAUUGAGACCAGCAUCUCCAUAGACUAUGUCACGCCCACUACGCCGCCGGAAAGCGUGCCAGUGCCCAGGCCCACAUUUGCCCCAGAGCCACCGCUGGAUGUGGUGGAAACGACUGCCUCAACGCACCACCUUUGGACGGAGGUGCCCACCACGGCGGCUCCUUUCUUCACCGAAUACCCAGCCGAAGUGCUAAUCACCACACAUCGAACGAGUGCCGGCAGAUUCACCACUGUGCAGCCACCUGUAGGGGUCACCACUGUUCCAUCUGAAGACGAUUCUUCCGUGGAGUUACCCACACCGCACACGCCCCACAUAGUGGUCACCAUAUUGGAUGCAAAUGCCACAAUAGCACCAUUGAUAACCACAACUGGAUUGCCAGCGACCUAUCAUCAUCACCACCAUCAUCACCACGAACCAGAGGGAACCACUCGGCAUCCCCUAGAAGAAGAUGACCACCAUCACCACCACCACCACCAUCAUCUCGACGAGGUCACCACUCCACUGCCAGUGGAAAUGACUACGGGACAUCCUCUGCAAACGGAGGACUUGGUUGGAGUACAAGAACCUUCUUUGGUGACCACAGUGGAACCGUUUGUGCCGCCCGAGACGACGAUGGUGCCAGUGGUGGUGGUGGUUCCUGUAACUAUUACACCACCUGGAACCACGGCAGCUCCUGUUUCUCCGGCGACUACUCCUGCACCUACUCCGCCACCCACUGAGGCACCAACUACUCUGCCACCCGCUCCACCACCCACUCUGCCACCGGUGACCCUGCCGCCACCCACCAUACCACCCACCAUACCACCCACUCCCCCAUCAACGCAGUCCGCACAAACUUUACCGCCACCCACGUCGGCCAUAAAUGCUUACACCACCCCCGAAGGACCGCCCACUGCAGCCCAAACGAAGCCAACGGCAACGGAGAGCAGCGAGGAGGUGGAGGGCAGCAACACGGUCUCCUCCGGCGGAAGGGGAUCCGGUGGAGUGCCCGAGGAGAAGGCCGGCGACGUCGACUGCAUCAAACUGGGCUGCUACAAUGGCGGCACCUGCGUAACCACAUCCGAAGGAUCGCGGUGCGUUUGUCGCUUUGACCGGCAGGGUCCUCUAUGCGAGCUGCCAAUCAUCAUCCGCAACGCAGCUUUCUCUGGCGACUCGUACGUGUCGCACCGCAUCUACAAGGACAUCGGGGCGCACGAGUCCUUGGACGCCGUGCUGCCCAUGCACAUCCAGCUGAAGGUGCGAACGCGUGCCACCAAUGGACUGAUCAUGCUGGCUGCGGCCCAGGGAACCAAGGGGGGUCACUACAUGGCCCUGUUCCUGCAGAAAGGACUCAUGCAGUUCCAGUUCUCCUGCGGACUGCAGACGAUGCUGCUAAGCGAACUGGAAACGCCUGUGAACACCGGCCACGAAAUUACCAUUCGAGCUGAAUUGGACUUCAGCCGGAAUUACACACACUGCAACGCCUCGCUGCUGGUGAACGACACGCUGGCCAUGUCCGGGGAUCAGCCCACCUGGCUGAAGCUCCUGCCCCCGCGCCUCCACACCCCCGAGGUCAUACUGAACACCUGGCUGCACCUGGGCGGAGCGCCCCAGGCGCCGAUUGGACUGAUUAUCGAAUUGCCGCCGGCCCAGAGUGGCACCGGCUUCACCGGCUGCCUCCAUACGCUGCGCAUCAACGGACAGGCUCGCGAGAUAUUCGGGGAUGCUUUGGAUGGCUUUGGCAUCACGGAAUGCGGCUCUUUAGCCUGUCUAUCGAGUCCUUGUCGCAAUGGCGCCGCCUGCAUCAAGAUCGAGACCAACGAUCUGGACGAGAACGGCGAGAAGGCGGAGAAGUGGAAGUGCAAGUGUCCCACGGGCUACAUGGGACCCACCUGCGAGAUAUCCGUGUGCGAGGACAACCCGUGCCAGUACGGUGGAACCUGCGUACAGUUUCCGGGCAGCGGCUACCUUUGCCUGUGUCCGCUGGGCAAACACGGCCACUACUGCGAACACAAUCUGGAAGUGGCCCUGCCCUCCUUUUCCGGCAGUGUCAAUGGACUCUCCUCGUUUGUGGCCUACACGGUGCCCAUACCCCUCGAAUAUUCCCUGGAGCUGAGCUUCAAGAUUCUGCCUCAAACCAUGUCGCAGAUCUCACUGCUGGCCUUCUUCGGCCAGUCGGGCUAUCACGACGAGAAGAGCGAUCACCUGGCGGUGAGCUUUAUCCAGGGAUACAUAAUGCUCACAUGGAACCUGGGAGCUGGACCUCGUCGGAUAUUCACCCAGAAACCCAUUGAUUUUCGGCUGGAUGCGCCUCGAGUUCCCUACGAGAUCAAAGUGGGACGCAUUGGACGACAGGCUUGGCUUUCGGUGGACGGCAAGUUCAAUAUUACGGGUCGGUCGCCCGGCAGUGGCAGUCGCAUGGAUGUGCUGCCCAUUUUGUAUCUUGGAGGACAUGAGAUAGCCAACUUCAAUACGCUGCCGCACGAUCUGCCAUUGCACUCGGGAUUCCAGGGAUGUAUCUACGAUGUGCAGUUGAAGGCGGGACAGGUCACGGUGCCGCUGCAGGAGACGCGUGGGGUCAGAGGUCGCGGGGUGGGUCAAUGUGGCACCAGGGAAUGCCACCGCCACGCCUGCCAGCACGAUGGCGCCUGCCUGCAGCAUGGAGCAACCUUUACCUGCAUCUGCCAGGAGGGCUGGUAUGGUCCACUCUGUGCCCAGCCCACGAAUCCCUGCGACUCCUUCAACAAUAAAUGCUACGAGGAUGCCACCUGUGUGCCACUGGUCAAUGGCUACGAGUGUGAUUGUCCUGUGGGACGAACGGGCAAAAACUGCGAGGAGGAAAUCCGUUCCCUGAGCGAUGUAUCCCUAACCGGUAGACGUUCUUACUUGGCGGUUCGUUGGCCAUAUUUAUAUGAUGGUGGUGAUAAACUGGGUGCCAAACGCUCCCAAAUGGUCAGCUACAGGAACUUUACAAAGAAGCUAAUGCCCCCGAAACCGAUUACCACGCCCAGCACCCAUUUUGUGAUGAAACUACUGAAUGAGGUGGAAAAACAGCGAAGUUUCUCGCCAGUUCCUUUGAUGGGAUCGAAAACCUUCGAGGAGCACCACCGAGUGCAGUUCUUCUUUAUCGAAUUCCAAUUGCGCCCGCUCUCGGAAAGAGGAUUGCUUCUGUACUUUGGCACCCUGAACAACAAUCAGGACAAGAAGAUUGGCUUCGUAUCCCUAUCGCUGCAAGGUGGUGUGGUGGAGUUCAGGAUCUCAGGCCCAAGUACCCAUGUGACGGUGGUGCGGAGUGUGCGGAUGUUGGCCAUCGGCGAGUGGCACAAGAUCAAAAUGGCGCAGCGGGGCAGAUGGCUCACAUUGUGGGUGGAGGGCAGUGCCUCAUCGGCCUUGGCCCCAUCCGCCGAGGUGCUGGUCGAACCCGACUCCCUGCUCUACAUUGGCGGACUGAAGGAUGUAUCCAAACUGCCGCACAACGCCAUCUCCGGAUUCCCGAUUCCCUUCAGAGGAUGUGUCCGCGGACUGGUGGUCAGUGGAACUCGCAUUGUGCUCAACGAAACCAACAUUGUGGAAUCGCGUAAUAUUCGAGACUGUGAUGGCACCGCCUGUGGCGGCGAUUCCUGUGAAUCCGGCGGACAUUGUUGGCUAGAUGAGAAGCUGCAGCCGCACUGCAUCUGCCCGGAAUAUGCAAAAGGAGAUCGCUGCGAAUAUUCGGAGACCUGCAAGCUCAUUCCCUGCAAAAAUAAUGGCAGAUGUUUGAGAAGUGGACGCUGUUCGUGUCCAAAUGGCUGGGGUGGCUUCUACUGCGAAAUUGCUAUGAGCAAGCCGACGACGCCGAGCUUCCGUGGCAACAGUUACCUGAUCUUGCCGCCGCCGCGAAUUCCGAUGAAAGACAAGAGACGGGGACCCUCGCUCUAUGUCCGCCCCCGCGAAGCCAUCCAAGUUUCGCUGAACUUCUCCACCAUCGAGCCGGACGGACUGCUCCUGUGGAGCGAGCACGAGAGGAGCAAGUUCCUGGGACUGGGCUUGGAGGCGGGUCACCUGAAGUUGGCCAGUAAUCUGCUGGGAAGUGCCAACGACACGGUGAGGGCCCCGGCCAGCGGUUUCAUAGCCGAUGGCGCUUGGCACUGGACAAGUGUGCUGCUGGACCGAUCGAGGCUGGAACUCCAGCUGGACGGGGAGGUGAUCUUCACGGAGAGAUUGCCCGAAGGCGGAAGAUCACCUCUUGGUUCGACAACACCGAGAACAACUAUAGCGGGCAGGCGCAAAAAUGCCACCAAGGAGCCAACAAUUAGCUACGAGGAUGUCUUUUACUUGGGUGGCUUCCCCAAUUCGGACUCGGUGAGCAGGCGCACAAAGGGCCGGUUCUUCGAUCCUUUCAAGGGCUGCCUGCAGGACAUCCAGUUCGGCGCCGAACCCACAGCGAUUAUCAGCGAUUUCUCAACGUACCAGGGCGAGAAUAUCGGAUCCUGUGAUCUGCACGGCGAUGAGCCGCUUAUUGUAUAGAAAACGAAAUCAAAAGCAAAAGGCAAAAUCGGAAAUACGAAUCUGUAGAAAAUUUCAUUCAGUUUGAACUUUCAAGAUUCGCAAUUUUCUCUGAGGAGCUAAUUGACGACGCGAUAUAUAGAGAGAACUUACUUAUAAGCUAAGUGAUAAGCGAGUUUAUAUAGGAAAUUGGGGGAAGUCCUCCUCCCGGAAUCAAUAUAUACACACAGUUUUUGGGCAAAGCUAUCGAUUUAAAAAAAAACGACAGACGAAUAAAAGACAAGAAAUGGAACGUAAUUUUGUAAAUUUUAUAGAAAUAAAUGAAAAACAAAAAAAAGACAAUGUUUAGACUUAAACUGUGGAAACAAACAACAAAUUAACUGGUUUAUCAAAACUAUACCAAAAGCAAGAAAGACAAAAUUUUAGACUAGGAUCUAAAUCUAGAAAAUACCGAUACCAGAUACAGAUUUAAACUUCUCUUACGUAAGUGAUAUUUCAAGUGGAAUAACGAUUAUGGAUAAACGAUCCAAAAUGCAUCUUAACUUAUCUGUAUGUAUAUUCUGUUGUUUCUGUUAAGCCAACCUUUUGUUAUGCAAUCGUAAGCAUUUGUGUUAGAUAAUAAAAAAUAAAAAUGUUCGAUCCAAACCUACCUUAUUUCUCCGAAUUUCAACACUCAACUGCCUACGAAAACUGCCCUUAACGAAAUUCUGCCAUUAUAAGUUGCUCUAUUUUUAAAUUUAAUUUAGUUAAGUCGUUUUUUCUCCCUGUUAUCAAUGUACGUUACUAUAGCAUUAAAAUCUCCUGGUUGAAGCCAUUUAGUUGCCUUGUAGUAAGUUAGCAUGUACUCUCUAUGAUUUAUCUUGAAAAAUUAACUCAAAAUCGAACUCGACUAUUCUAACAGCAAGUCAAGACGCAUACGGAAAAUCUAUGCUAGUCAUACAAUAUAAUUAUUCUUAUAAAUGGAAAACCAAGUAGCGAGAAAGAUACAAACAAACAAAAAUAUAUAUACAAUACUUAUACAAUACGAAACCAAAUGAAAAUUGUAACCAAAAACAGUAAUUUAAGUAUGUAUUUAUUUCGAGAGGCAUCUUAAUCAGCUAUAAUUUUAAAUAAAAAGAAAUCAAAUGGGAAUUAGAAAAGGUUAAUAAACUUAA